AUGGCUGCAACUCCGAACAAAUUCAUCAGCGUGGAGCCAAUCGAACGAGAGCCUUCGUCUGGAAUAUCCAUACUGGUAGUAGGUGGUGGCAUUGCUGGGCUUGGCUUUGCAAUCGAAGCAUAUCGUAAAGGUCAUGACAUUCGCAUUGUUGACCGCCGACCACACUUCGAUGAAAUGACUAUGGUAGGCGACAUCAUUGGCAUUGGAAAUUCUGUCCUACCCUCCAUGAAGCAUUGGCCUGGUUUCCUCGAGGCAUGUUACCAAGCCGCGUUCCCUCAACUUGCCUACUAUGCAUACAAGUAUGAUGGGACCUACAUUGGCAUACUAGGGGAGAUUCUAGGAAUGAGCCGAGCUGAGUUCCAUUCGUCUUUGCACCAAUAUGCACUUCACCUCGGUAUUCCGAUCCGCUAUGCUGCUAAAGCAGUAGACUACUUCGAGACUGAUACUGAGGGCGGCGUUGUGCUUGAGAAUGGGGAGCGCCUCGCUGCAGACAUUGUUGUCGCCGCAGAUGGCAUUGGGUCCAGGUCGUGGCGAUUAGUGUGCGGUACCAAGGAGGAGCCUAUCAGCUCUUCCUUCGCUAUGUAUCGAACUACCUUCUCUGUCGAUCUCGCAAUGCAGAACCCAUUGAUAGCGAAAGCGUAUACAGCCAACGAUUCCCGCUUAUACUUUGGCCCUGGAGCCCAUAUCGUUUUAGGAAAAACGGACAAAGACAUAAUGUGGAUGCUCACACAUCACGAUAAUGGAGACUCCUCCGAGGACUGGGCUAAGCCUGCGAAUCCCAAAGACGCACUCCCUUUUGUCGAGGGAUGGGCGCCUUGGCUGAGCGAACUCAUAAAAUUGACACCCUCCGAUGGAGUGGUGGACUUUAAGCUCAUGUGGCGUAAUCCCAGAGAGACAUGGGUUUCCCCUAAGGCCAGGGUCAUUCAAAUCGGUGAUUCGGCUCACACUUUCCUUCCUACAUCAGCAAGCGGUGCGACCAUGGCACUUGAGGAUGCGUUCUCCCUCGCGGCUCUGCUUCACAUAAGUGGCAAAAACAACGCGCCCUUAGCUUUGAGGGUUCAAAACAAAUUGAGGUUCGAGCGGGUGACUUGCGCACAGAAAAUGGGCUUCAAGAACAGAGAGAACUUCCACAACACCGACUGGGACGCUGCGGCAAAGAAUCCAGACUCGGUCCUCAAACAAGUCGAUAAUUGGGUUGAGCAGUAUGAUGCUGAGAAGUACGCCUACAAAAUGUAUGAGAAGUGCGUUAAUCACAUUCUCACCGGUUCGCCUUUCCAGAACACAAACACGCCGCCAGGCCACACGUUCAAACUUUGGACCGUAAAGGAGCUUCUUGAACUUGGCGAAAGAGGGGCAAAGAUAAUUGACGAUGGCGAUUGGUCUUGA